GGUUAAAUAAAAAAUACGUUUAUCGAUAUUAUUUUUCAACUUUUACCUAAACCACGCGUUUUUUUAAACAAAACUAUUCGGCAUGUCUAUUUAAAAAAUUGAUGAAGAAAUGUUCAACUAUUAUGUAUAUUAAAAGCUAAAUAAUCUGGGUACCCACCUAUAUCAACGAUGCUCCGACAAAAACCUGAAUUAUAAAUUACCUAUAGCUUUUCGAUUCGACGUUUAUCAAUUCUCUGAUAAUAAUCUAAUAAAUUAUUCAAAUUGUAUAUCCCAGGCUUAAAACUGGCUUCCACGAAUCAAGCCGGUGUUUUGACUUUUCAAGUUAGCGUCACGCAAUUUUUGCUUUCACUGAGUCGCAAAUUGACAUUUCGAAGAUAUGAAAAAUUAUCAUCGAAUACCACUCACUCGAAAUUACGUUUGCAUAUUGAGAAUGAUUCGGAUACGGAGACUACAUACACCCUACUGAUGCCAAAUGAUUUAACAGACGGUCGCUUAUCGGAUACCGAAUUGUUACUCAGGCCAUCGGCGUUCGUAUCUCAAGAGAGUUUUCGCGAACAGCAUCGACAACGAUCGCCGUCUCCUUCGAAGGAAAACGUAGACCAGAAUUGUACCUCUGGAAAACGACACCUGAAUUUAGAAGAACUAGAAUGCGACGUUUCGGUGGAAGGGUGCAGUCCUGAUCAAACAUCCGGUCAAAGACAAGAGUUUUCGUUUACAUUGUAUGAUUUAGACGGACAUGGCAAAAUUACCAAAGAUGAUAUAGCCGGCUUGGUUAAAACCAUUUACGAAACCUUAGGCCAAUCUAUAAAAGUUCCUCACUACGGCAGUAAAACGAUCAAAGUAAAAUUAACGGUGUCUCCGGAGAAGAAAGCAUGUAAAAGUAGCGAAGAAGAGUCGCCGACGUUUACGAAAACGCCCGAUGUGUCGUCUACUGGCUUCACGCCAAAUUGCAAUAGAUGGAGAAACGAUUUGAAUUCGUCAAAAACAAGAGAAAGAAGGCAUAGGCAGGAACAGAAACUUAGACGUAGACAUAGCAUUAGUAGUUCCGGAUUGAGCGAAGAUCGCGAAGCGGAUGUUUCUGACGACGAUGACGACGAAGUUCCUCUCAAUAACAAAUUACAUAAUCCAGCCAUUGUUAAUACCAGUCCUACCACUAUUUACUCGAGGUAUAAAAAACGAAGUAGCUCAUUACAAAGGCAAGAAUUACUCCAAAUAAUUCAAGCGAACAUGGAAAAAAAUAAUCUGUGUUUUCAAACCGCUAGAAAACCCACCGCAAAUAAUACCUAUUACAAAUCGCACUACCGUCAUCGAAACAAACCGCAACCAGUAACACGCCAGUUUGUGAAUAACUGGGAAACGCCUGUUCAACCAGAAGACAAAUGUGGUAAAAUGUUCCUAAAUUCGUUCGAAUUAAAAAACAUCGAUCCUAGGCACCUACACCAAAGAUCGCAUUCGUACGAUGUACCCAAUAAUCGAUACGUUGCAGCCACCAUUAACGAUGAAAAAAAAGCCAAACAACCGACGACGCACGAAUUAAAACAUCGUUAUAGAGAAUUAGAGCAAGCUCGAGCUAAUGAGCAGGUCGUUCGAUGGCUAGAACAGGAAUUCUCCAGUCCGACUAAAUAUUGUAAUCGUAAGAAUCACAAUAAUAAUCUAAACAAUAACAGUAAGACUACUUCGAAAGAAGAGGUAAAAUCAAAAGGUCGUUCUUGCUCGAAUGAUAAACACGAACAUCAUCAUAUCCACGAGCACGUCCAUCAUCAUUAUCAUCAUUACCAAGAAUCGCCCAUUGUGGUUUAGGCUUAAAAGUUAAAAGUGUUUUCCAAAUAUAUCAUUGCGUUUUUUCUCCUUCUUCUUCUUCUUUUUCUUCUUUGUCUUGAUUCUUCUUUUGUAUAAUUUGUUUGUUUUGUGUUUUCCCCAUUAUCAUUUGUUUUUUUUUUUAUCAUUUAUUAUGAAAUUCGUUGUUUUGUUACCAUUUCGUGUUUAUUAUUAAGCGUUCUCCCUCUUUUCCCCCGCUGUUUUGUAUUAGAUAUGUUACUGGAUUUAUUUGACUGCGUUUUAUUUAUUUAUUUAUUUAUUUCCUUUUUGCAUUAUUAUUGUGUAGCGAGAAGAUUUUAUACUUAUUGGUUAUUUUGUAGUAAUUUAUUACUUUUCGUUGUUUCAUUUUUUUUCUCCAAAUUGCAAACUCAAUGUCUCAAUGCUGAAAUUUAAAUGAUGUACCUAAGCUGUUAGAUUUUUGAAUUGUUUUUUUGCUUUUAAAAAGCUAAAUGGAACUGAAAAGUAACCAAUCGUGUUGUAUACCUAUUUAAUUACCAUACAUUUUUAUGAUUCAACAUUUUGCCAUCGAUAGACAUAUUUUUUUAAUUGAUAUCUUGAUUACAUAAACGUAUUCUAACGACCUACCCAAAGAAAUCGAUCAAUUUUUUUCAAGUAAUUAGUUCUUAAUUGUUGUAUCUCUACUGUGCUGUAAAUUCAAACGAUUUUUCUAUUUUUUUUUUUUUUUUUCAAGUAUAAAAUGAAUUAUAAUCAAAAAUUGGUCACUUUGUCAUUACUGUCACCGUUACGUAUUCAUUUGAAUGUUUCUUGAUCAUAUUAAAAUAAAUUGAAAUUCGCAGUAGUUUUACUUUUAAAAAUUGUCAAAAUUAUGAGGAAAUAAGCAUUUUUUCCCCCUUUGAGAAUGUGAAACUUUCAUUAAGUUGAGAUGAAAAAAAGUAUAUCCAAAUUAUAAUUAAAGUAUUCGUGCUGUUCAUCACAUAUCAUACAAAAAACUUAUCAUCUCCCAUUUAACAUGUCCCCUAUUCGUAUUGAAGACUGAAAUUCAUUACAUACAUACAUAUAAUGUAACUAUUUAUAAUUUAUUGAAAUAUAUAGGUAAAUUUUCAUAAUUUUUGAAUUAUAGAAUAGGAAUGAAAAUGAAAUGGUCGCGUUUAUUACUACCUCAUCAUGAUUAAAUUUAAAAUUAUGUCUUAACAGAUACCAUAUUUUUUCAAUGUGCUGAUGCAGGGUUCCAAACGUUGUACAUUCAAUGUUCUUCUUAAUAUGUUAGUUUUCAUAUGUCAUUUAUUUUGUGUAUCUGUUUCUGUAUAUUAAAGUAAACAAAUAAGUUCCUGUGCAUUUUUUUUUUUUUAGUUUUUUGUAUUAAUUUAAAAAAUCAAUUAGAUAUUGUCGCUGUUUGCUGUGUAACCGGAUUAAUAAAAUGCAUUCAAUCAUU